AUGGAGUUGGAGGAGUCUGUGCCGCCUGUCGAGAAGCGCGAGCCUGAGGAAAGCCAACGUUUAUCACUCUCCAACCUGGAUCCGGCAACAGGACGAGCAUGCGAUGUCCCAACACUCGUGAAGGACCACGAAUUCUGGUUUGACGAUGGCACGGUGCUCAUUGUCAGCCGAGGCGUCGAGUUUCGUGUCUACAAAGGUCUUCUCGCUGACCACUCCGUCGUAUUCAAGGAGCUGUUUUCCCAGCCCCAUUCACACCAUACGCUCUCCAUCAGCGACGAGCAGACUAUCAGAUGUCCUUUGGUGCACGUUACGGAAUCUCCCCAGGAACUGAGGCACCUCCUUCGAGUCUAUAUGCCGAGGAAGGGGAGGAGGUUCGUAGACUCUCGUUGCGGUGUGGAGACAAUAUCCGCGUCGAUACGCAUGGGGCACAAGUACGAUCUCAAGGAGCUGUACGAACAGUCGCUCGCAUUCCUGAAGCGCCAUUACACCACCGAUCUCCGUGUCUGGGCCGAGUCAGACUACUACACGCCCCCAGGCUGGAAGGAGAUCUACUCGAUCGGAGUCGUGAACCUCGCCCGUCUCGUUGGCGAGACCUCCAUCCUCCCCACAGCGCUCCUCGCGUGCACCGUGAUGAACGCGGAGAUCGUCCGCGGCUUCACGUACGAGGACGGCUCCCAGGAGACGCUCUCCCCAGACGACCUCGGGCUCUGCUUCCAAGCCAAGUCGCGCGUCAGACAGGCGAGCAUAGGCGCUGUCGUGCGCACCUUCCGGCGCUCGGUCGCGCCAGGCUGCAAGCAGGCCGCGGCGUGCAAGUCCGCGCUGCGCACAGCGCUGCACGGGCUCGAAGCGUUCAUAGACAAGCUGGUCUUGGACGACCCGUUCUUCCCGUUCGAGGAGUUUGUGAAAGACAGGAAGCUUGGGGUCUGCGAGUUUUGCAUGAGGUUAGUGAGGCAGCGGAACUGGAACGAGCGCGUGGCAGUUUGGAACUCGCUCCCCGGGCUCUUUGGUCUCGAUGUUCCCGGCUGGGGAAACCCACUAGGCCAGCCACCACCAGGAACGCAAGUGCCUGCGCCACCGCCGCCGCAGCCGCCACAACAUCCACCACCACCUCCAGUCUGCUUUACGAGCUGGUGA